CCACAGCUUAUUUCUGCUGGGGUUUAUCCAUGGUUAUGAUUAUUUGGGCCUCUUACUUAUGCUCAUAGGAUGUUUAUGUCUGCAUAAGCAGGGGGACGGCUCCAAUUCCACUCACAACAGCAUGGGUUUAGAGGAGGGAAGGCCUAAAUAGCGGGGAUUAUUCCCUCACUUUCUCUCUCUCUCUCUAUCUCCCUUAGCCUAUUUUUCUGCAUCAAAUGUUCUGCUUUCAGUUCAGUUCCUGUUGCACCGAGGACUGCAGGCAUGAGCACAGCAGGCAUCCAUCGAGGAUUCCUUAGGAAAUAUGGGGGGUUCAUGUUCAAGCAGUGGAAGGAGAAGUACCUGGUGUUGACCAUGGAGGGAAGUCUGCUGGUGUGUCGGGAUGCAGAGUCUCCUCCAGACCAGGUGAUCGCCCUGCAGACCAACUGUGAGUCCAUAGUGGAGGGCCGGGAGAUCCUGGACCUGCCCAGGCUGCCUGCAGGGGGCAGGAGGGACUGCUGCUUUGCCCUCAUCCUGCCCCAGAACAAGUUCCUGCUGCUGCUGUCAGACAACCCCGACGACUGCAAUUUGUGGCUGAAUUUGAUCAGGAAAGUGAGAGAGGGUGUCAUGUCUCCUAUGACCCUCCAGAGGCAGCGGAGCAUCACCCCCUGCAUCACCGACAGAGACCCCCUGCCUGACACCUGCAGCGACAAGGACCCAGGUUCCCCAAGAAUCUGUGACGGGACCCCCCCUCUGCCUCGACUCACUGAACGGGGAGGGUCCUUCAGAGACCGGGGCCACAACCAAGGUGGGGUACCACCAAGGCCCCUGCGCAGCAUCUCUGCGACCCCUCCUCAUCGCGUGUCAGAUUGUCUUCGCCAUGGCAACAGCAGUGAUGCCCGGGCGGUGCGGGCCGUGUGCCUGCUGAUGGGCGGAGCCGCGGCCUCCUCCGCCCUGGGCUACCUCAGCUCCUGCACCCCCUCCUCCCCCCUCGCCGCCAGACCCCCGGAGAUCAGCCACGGCGCUGGGGGCUUCUCAGAGCUGCCCACGGGAGGCUCCUUCCACGGCUGCAGCCAGGACGUGGACUCCCCACACUUCAACAGCUUCGACUUCGAAGGAGACUCCGACUUUGACGCCUUUGACUGUGGAGGAUUUGCUUUUUAGUUUUUGUCCAGAAGAAAAGACACUUUUGAACAGUCCUGUCAUUCAGAAUCCCAUGUUCCUCUGUGAUACAGAUGUCAAACAUACGGCCCGUGGUCCAAAAAGGGCCACCAACGGGUCCAAUCCAGCCCGUGGGGUGAAUGUGUGAAAAGCAAAAAUUCC